AUGGAGGCAACGUCCCCCCGGCCGGGGCUGCUGCUGGCCGCGCUCUGCCUGCUGGCUUCCCACGGAGGGCCGGCAGCUUUCCUCAUCACCACCCCAUACUCACUCUGCGUCUGCCCCGAGGGCCAGAAUGUCACCCUGACCUGCCGCAUCAGCGGUCCCCUUGCCGACCGCCAUGACCUCCUCUACAAAACCUGGUACUUCAGCAGCAAUGGCGACCAGAGCUGCUCCGAGAAGAAGCACAUCCGCAACGUCACUGAGAAGGAGCUGCACCAUCAGCUGAGCAGGCACCACGAGACACCAGGCAAUGGCACGCAAAAAUCCCCCCUUAGGGGGCAAGCCAGCCAUCACGGGGUAGAAUUUGUCCCUGACCACCAUGGUGCUUUCCACAUCGUGGUGAUGAACCUGACGCUGCAGGACAGUGGGAAUUACUGCUGCUAUGCUGUGGAUGCCAGGCAGGAGCACGGCAAGCCCCACACCAUGCAGGUUGCUCAUGGCUUUGUGGAGCUACAGAUCCAGCAAGGCAGAGGAGGGCUUCAAAACUGCACGUUUCAUACCCCCAACAGCAAAGAUAUCACGGCUGCCGCACACGCCGGCAUCGUGGGCAUCCUCUGCCUGCCCCUCAUCCUGCUCCUCAUUUACAAGCAGAGACAAGCAGUCAGCAGCAGACGUGCCCAUGAGCUCGUCAGGAUGGAGAGCAGCACCCAAGGCAUCGAAAACCCCGUCUUCGAGGCGGUCCCCUCGGUUAGUGCGGAGCCGCGGCCCCGUUCCCAGCUCUCCUUCAUGGCCAGCCGCCUGCCCUCCGAGUCCGGCCGGCUCCUCCUCUCUGACCCCUUGUCCCCUCCCGGCCCCGGGGACUCCUUCUUCCCCACGCUGGAUCCUGUUCCAGACUCACCAAAUUCCUUGAAAGCCUAA